AUGGCUGCUAACUCUCCAGACUCCAAACAGCCUCCAGCUAACUCUCUAGACUCCAAACAGCCUCCAGCUAACUCUCCAGACUCCAAACAGCCUCCAGCUAACUCUCCAGACUCCAAACAGCCUCCAGCUAACUCUCCAGACUCCAAACAACCUCCAGCUAACUCUCCAGACUCCAAACAGCCUCCAGCUAACUCUCUAGACUCCAAACAGCCUCCAGCUAACUCCCAGACCCAAACAGCCCCAGCUAACUCUCCAGACUCCAAACAACCUCCAGCUAACUCUCCAGACUCCAAACAACCUCCAGUUAACUCUCCAGACUCCAAACAGCCUCCAGCUAACUCUCCAGACUCCAAACAACCUCCAGCUAACUCUCCAGACUCCAAACAACCUCCAGCUAACUCAUCCAGACUCCAAACAACCUCCACUAACUCUCCAGACUCCAAACAACCUCCAGCUAACUCUCCAGACUCCAAACAACCUCCAGCUAACUCUCCAGACUUCAAACAACCUCCAGCUAACUCUCCAGACUCCAAACAACCUCCAGCUAACUCUCCAGACUCCAAACAACCUCCAGCUAACUCUCCAGACUCCAAACAACCUCCAGCUAACUCUCCAGACUCCAAACAACCUCCAGCUAACUCUCCAGACUCCAAACAACCUCCAGCUAACUCUCCAGACUCCAAACAACCUCCAGCUAACUCUCCAGACUCCAAACAACCUCCAGCUAACUCUCCAGACUCCAAACAACCUCCAGCUAACUCUCCAGACUCCAAACAACCUCCAGCUAACUCUCCAGACUCCAAACAACCUCCAGCUAACUCUCCAGACUCCAAACAACCUCCAGCUAACUCUCCAGACUUCAAACAACCUCCAGCUAACUCUCCAGACUCCAAACAACCUCCAGCUAACUCUCCAGACUUCAAACAGCCUCCAAGCUAA